UCAUUUUGCUUCACUUCUUCUUCCUCUUCCGUGGCUCUCCUGGUUUUAAGGCGAGAAAGACAGAUCUCUCAAUCCGAGGAAGUAUAUCAUCCAUCGUCGAUAUCUAUCUAUCUAUCGGAAGCGACUGUUUUCUGCUUCUUCUGAGUCGAUUUCACGGUGAACGGGGCGGCGGAGCUUGGGUGGUGCUGAGCUCGAGUUCUUUCUUUCUUUUCUUAACUCUUCUCUGGAAGGAAGGAAGAUGAGUGUGGUGGGGAGACAGAUGUCGCGAUCUCACUCCACGGCGCACCACCACCGCCAGUACUCCGAUAACUUCAUCGACGCCAGCAAAUGGUUGCAGUCAUCUUCUCAGGACUUCGGGUACGGGUCAAAGAUGAAUCGGAGCCUGCAGUCAAACCCGUCGACUCCGCCGGUAUGCUCGCGAUCGUCGAGCCUCCGGAACGUUGGUGACGGCCACGUGUCACCGGGCCUAUUCGAUCUCCACUCCUUCGACACCGAGCUUCUCCCGAGGGUGCAGGAUGGGAGCGGUUAUGAAGGGUACUCGUUCGAUCAACGACGAAGCUCUCGUGGUAGAAGUUUUGAUGAAUCCGAGCCAAAUCUCUUGGCCGGCAAAGUUGGAAGCAGAUCCACUAAAAGGCUGCCUGAGAGUAGCCUUCUCAAGAGCUUCUCUGGUUCUGUGGAUAAGGAAUGUGGAUUAGUUGUAACAGUGAUAAAUUGCUCAUCAUUGAAGGUGCGCAAAAGGCCACUGAACAGGAAAGAGAUGGGGAAGAAAGAGGGAGAUAUAAUUACCACCGAACCAAAUUCGAAUGCUAUUACUGUUCAUGAGACGAAGAUGAAGGUGGACUUGACAGAAUAUAUGGAGAAACAUGAAUUUGUGUUCGACUCCGUGCUGGAUGAAGGUGUUUCAAAUGAUGAAGUUUAUGCAGAGACUGUUCAACCAGUAGUGCCUUUGAUUUUCCAACGAACAAAAGCAACUUGCUUUGCAUAUGGGCAAACUGGAAGCGGGAAGACCUACACCAUGCAACCACUUCCAAUCAAGGCCUCACAAGAUAUAUUGAGGCUAAUGAUUCACACAUACAGGAAUCAAGGUUUCCAAUUGUUCGUCAGCUUCUUCGAAAUAUACGGUGGGAAGCUUUUCGAUCUCAUCAACGAUCGGAAAAAGCUUUGCAUGAGGGAGGAUGGGAAACAACAGGUAUGUAUCGUGGGGUUGCAAGAAUACAAAGUAUUUGAUGUGGAGACAAUCAGGGAGCUCAUUGAAAGAGGAAAUGCCACAAGAAGCACCGGUACAACUGGUGCAAACGAGGAGUCCUCUAGAUCACAUGCUAUACUUCAGCUUGUUAUUAAGAGAUCGGCUGAUGGAUCUGAAUCAAAGCCCGCCCGGAUGGUAGGAAAGCUGUCUUUCAUAGAUCUUGCUGGCAGUGAGCGUGGUGCAGAUACUACUGAUAAUGAUAAACAGACAAGGAUGGAAGGAGCUGAAAUUAACAAGAGCUUGCUUGCUCUAAAAGAAUGCAUAAGAGCUCUCGACAGCGACCAGGGUCACAUCCCAUUUAGAGGGAGUAAACUAACCGAAGUACUUCGAGAUUCAUUUGUUGGCAAUUCACGUACUGUGAUGAUAUCUUGCAUCUCGCCUGGCUCGGGCUCUUGUGAGCAUACUCUCAACACUCUAAGAUAUGCUGACAGGGUGAAGAGUCUAUCAAAAGGGACAGGCUCCAAGAGGGAUCUUCUGUCCUCGUCAACCCUAAACCUCAGAGAUUCAACUGCUUUACUGCAGACAACUUCUGAUGAUAGCAUAACCGAUUUCCCCAGCGACAAGAACAUGUUUGUUUGGUCAAUGUCAGUCGACAGGGAUUCAUCUCCACCUCAUUAUAACUUGGACGGGGUGCCUAGUGGAAGAUCACAGAGCUACCAAGUUUCUGCACCUGAUGAUAGAUGGAGAAAUGAUGCUCCAACGAAAAGGCCUGAGAUCCCAACGCCUCAACCCAACAAUUUUUAUCCAGACGAGGAUUUGAAUGAUUUGUUGAUGGAAGAGGAAGAUCUUAUAUCUGCACAUCGGCAGCAAGUUGAGGAGACAAUCGACGUAGUCAAGGAGGAAAUGGACUUGCUAGUUGCAGCUGACGAGCCGGAGCCAGGCAACCAGAUCCAUGAUUACGUUGCCAAGUUGAAUACAAUUCUCUCGCAGAAGGCUGCAGGGAUCCUGCAGCUGCAGACGCGGUUGGCGCAGUUUCAACGCCAUUUGAGUGAGUAUAAUGUUAUAGUAUCUUCUUCAUCUGGUAACUGA